AAGGAGGUCAACCUCUGGACUGAAAACGAGCAGGAUUCUCCAGUUUGAUGUCUGAUUCGGCUAUGUUAUUUCUCUCAUAGUGACGUCAUAACUCUUAACCAAUCAAAAAACUUUAAAGUUUCAAACUUCUAUUACCGCCAUAUUACUCGCCCGGAUGAUGACCUAAUUAGAUUGAUUUAAGAUGGCGGCGUACAACGAUGACUUUAUAACUGGCGAAUUGUUUGAAGCGAUAUUUGAUGAUUUCGAAAGUGGAGAAAUAGAUUUGAACGAACUAUAUGAAGAUGAUAAAACAGAGAGCGACGCUGAACUAUUCCAGUGCUCCAAAUGCUCUAAAAAGUACAAGAAAAAGACCAGUUUAGUGAAACAUAUUCAGAAAAAACACCAAAACAGAAAUGAAAAUGAAAUUGAAAAUGAAAUUCCAGUUCCCAAGCCUUUAGAGAGAGAUAUAAUAGGUCAGCGUCCAGCAGUAGACAUCAAAACGUCAAGAGCCCAGGCUGGAAGUAUCCUCAAAUCAACGUUUCUACAGUUGGCGAAUGACAACUUGUCGAACGCUUUUCCCCCAGAGUCGAGUGGGGGUCGGGCCAAUGAGGCCGCAUCAAAGAUUUGCAGUGCCUCAGCUAAUCCAGCGAACCAGGAAACAUUUGACAACUUUGGUACAAGACUUUACGAUGCGAUGAGUGAUGUCAUCGUAAGUGGGUCCACAAAGAAGCUGGACUCAUCAAUGAAAUAUACUAUGCUUCAGAAUUUCCACCAAACACAAAUUGACAUUGAAUUAAACAAAGAAUUCAACCAUUUCUAUCAAAGUCUUGGUGUUAACUAUAGUGGGAAACUACUGAGCGCCAAUGUAAAAUGGACUUAUUUCAUCAAACUCUGUGAUAUUCUUACUCCUUCCCAAAGUGCCAAUACAGUACCAGAAAUUGACUCCUCAAUAACAAAAGAAGAGGAAUCCACGCUCCGAUAUGUGGCAGGUUUCAUUCCGUUUUCUCUGAUGAAGAGAUAUAGGCGGUUUAAAGGAGAGAAAUUUGGAUUGUAUGUUUUGUGCCUACAAAAUUGGCGGGCCAAUGAUGAUGACAUUGAGGGAGAGAGCCUCCAGGACUACACUAAAGCCUGGACUACAACUAUCAAUAGAGGAGGCUUAUUCAAAGUCAGUGAUGCUGUGUACAGUUUCUUCUAUAAACUUGAGUGUGUGGUGCGGCAGCAAUUAAACAUUGAGACUGUGAUGGCAGAUAUAUCUGUCAAUCUGAAGAAGAAACUUCACCUUGACAUAUCAUGUAGCGAUUCGGUGAAAUUUGCCUGGGAGGACAUUCGCUAUGAACUUUUUCAUAUUGUUACUGCAAAAUUCAUCAAUCUUAGAGCAGAUUCAUUUGUGAAAUUUUGAAAGAAACGCUUGGCAUCAAAGGGCAAAGUCCAUGGGAAGAGCACACAGUCUCUCAGAUCUUCUCUUGCUUCCUAACUUUAAAAAAUUACAUGUUUUAGACUGUCAUGAACUAUUCAAUUUAAUGUACAUCAUCUUUAAAUAGUGCACCACAAGCAAGGUAAUUGCUCAGUUUAAAAGCUCUGAAAUAGUUGUUCAGUACUACAUGAGUACAUGUAUUUAAGGAAUAAAGAAUCAUGUAUCAUUCUA